CCGCAGGUGGCGCACCUCCACCGCCCCCUCCGCCGCCGCCACCACCACCACCCGGCGGUGCACCUCCUCCUCCCCCGCCUCCUCCUCCCCCGGGCGCACCCCCUCCACCGCCUGGUGCACCACCCGCGCCUCCAGCCGGUCUACCGGCACCUCAAGCCGGUCGCAACGACCUGCUCGCCUCAAUCCAAGGCAAAGGCAUCCAUUCGCUCCGCAAGACAGAGAACGCGUCGCCGCCCGCACGCUCCACGCCCCCGCCGCAGGAAGAGAGCUCGGGCGGAGGCGGAGGUGGCGAUUUGACGGCUAGUCUUGCUGCGGCGCUGUUGGCGAGGAAUAAGAAGAUUGCGGAUAGUGAUGAGGAGGAGGAAGAGGAGGAGGACUGGUAG